GCUCGGCGGGUCGCGGACGGCGUACAGCACCAUUUGCGGCGAGCUAGCGAGCUACGGUUUCGUGGUGGUGGCCAUGGAGCACCGCGACGGCAGCGGGGCGCGGACCUACGUCAACCUGCCGGAAAACCGCCAGCUCUCGGACGUGCAAGUCGAUCCCGAGGCGAACCUGAACGUGUCGGACGCGCGGGGGAAGAGGAUGAAGAAGCCGCAGCGCGAGGGCAGGGCGGCGCCGCAGCAGUACUACGUCGACUACCUCUUCCCCAAGGGCAACGUGCAGGACACCUCCCCGCACAGCGCGCACGGGGUGGACACGAAGCUGAGGACGGCCCAGAUCGAGAUGCGGCUGGCCGAGAUCGAGGAGGCCGUCUACGUGCUGGGGCGGAUCAACGAGGGGGCCGGCCGGGAGGUGGCGGCCGCGAACCUGCGGCGCAAGGGCAACGUGGGGUCGAGCUCGAAGGGGCUCGAAGGCAUCGACUGGGCGGCGUGGGAGGGUCGUCUUUACCUGGACGAGGGCGUGACGGUCAUGGGCCACUCCUUCGGCGGGGCCACGACGGUGCAAUGCCUGCGGACGGAGAGGCGGUUCGAGUGGGUGGGACAGGGCAUCGCGCUGGACGCGUGGGGCCCGGCGACGCCGUCGGCCGGGGCGGCGGAAGGGACGGGCGUCAUCGAUAAGCCGCUCCUCUCGAUCGGGUCCGAGGCGUUCAUGCACUGGGAGGAAAACUUCGACCGCGUGGUAGGCGUCUGCCGGGAGGCGGCAACGAGCGGCCGAGGGCGAUCGUGGAUGAUGACGAUCCGUGGCUCGACGCACCUGUCGCAGACGGACUUCGGGGUCCUGUACCCGACUUGGAUGGAUCUCCUGUGCAAGACGCUGGUAAACCCCCUGCGGGCGCUGUACCUGACUGUGGCGCCGUCGAUGGAGUUUCUCAGGCUCGUGUUGUCGGCGGAGCAGGUGGAGGGGGCGCGGGGCGUGGACUUUUGGCCCGACGAAGGGAUCCUGCGGACGGCGGUGGAGCCCGAGGCCGAGGUGACAAAGGAGCACCGGCCGGAGGAGAAGUGGAUCGCGUCGCGACUGCGGGUGGACAACGAGCUGAGGCUGCGGGCGAGGAGAUGGCUAAGGUGGACAAGGAAAAAAGAGGAAAAGGGAAAGGGAAAGAGGGGCUUAUUAGUGGACUGGGAUGACGGCAACGAGAUAUGGAUGCAUUUCAGACCCGAACGGGGGGUCAUGGAUCGAGAGGGAGAUGACGAAGCAAAGCUAAACGCGAAAAACGAUGUGGAAGACGAAUCAUCAUCGAGAGCGAGUUCGGCCCGGGAGGGUACAGCGGUCAAGCCCGAAGAAGACAUGACGAGCUGGACCACGAGGACAAUCGACGCGGUGGUGGGGGGCGGCUAAGAACACCGGGCUGUAUGUCUCAUUGAAUGGGC